CUCAUUGUGUUCCCAGAUUGCCUUGGGUCCCCAGUGUUCACACCCAUCAAGGCGGACAUAAGUGGAAACAUCACGAAAAUCAAAGCUGUGUACGACACUGACCCAGCCAAGUACAGGACCCUGCAGAACAUCCUGGAAGUGGAGAAGGGAAUGUAUGGAUCAGAGUGGCCCAAAGUGGGAGCCACACUGGCACUGCUGUGGCUAAAAAGGGGUCUGCGCUUCAUCCAGGUGUUCCUGCAGAGUAUCUGUGACGGGGAACGGGAUGAGAACCACCCCAACCUCAUCCGCGUAAAUGCCAACAAGGCCUAUGAGAUGGCCCUAAAGAAAUACCACGGCUGGCUAGUGCAGAAAAUCUUCAAGGCAGCACUCUAUGCAGCACCCUACAAGUCUGACUUCCUGAAGGCGCUUUCCAAGGGGCAGAAUGUGACAGAGGAGGAGUGCCUGGAGAAGAUCCGCCUCUUCCUGGUCAACUAUACAGCCACCAUCGACGCCAUCUAUGACUUGUACACCAAGAUGAACGCGGAGCUUGACUACACAGUGUAGGCGCCCAGACACAUAGCCCCCCGAGUGGGAACAAGCAACCCCGAAUCACUGUGAAUCAAGCUGGGGUCCCCAGCUCAGCCGCCAGGCCAGCCUAGGUCUGCAGAGGGCAACCCCAGCUUGUUAGAGGUCAUUUUCUGUGUUGUUUUUUUUUUUUUUUUUUUUUUUUUUUUUUUUUUUUUUUUGCCUAUUCUAAUGAAGCAAUAAACACCUACUCACUCCCGCUUUCCCAGAAGCCCAGGUGGAGCACACCUUCCCUCCAGUGUGGUCAAAACCAACUAACGUUGCUAACGAUCAAUUCCUAGGGUUUUCUGUCUUUUUCUCCCCUACCCAGCUCAGGAGGAGCCCAGCUCAGGGGGGGGGGGGCAUACACCUCACCCAGCAACGAAACCUGGUCCGUCUGGCCCAAGGAUCUCUUAGAUGUUUGGAGGACAAUGGAGUCUGAUUAGAGGUUCAGCAGGGUCCCUACUCUGUGGUUUCUGUUUAAAAAGCAAGCUGGCAGAAGCCCUCACAUGGCAUACACAUCUGGCAUUGCCAGCCCUGUUCUCUCUCUCUCUCUGUCUUUUGUCAGACAGGUUAUUUUUUGUUUGUUUUUUUUUAAGCUGAAAUGUACCAGCAAGCCUUUUCAAACAAUUGACUAGGCACACACAGGUGACCGUACAUGACCGAAUUUGUAUUGUACUGCACAAUUAUUUUCUUCAGGGAUGGCUUUUCCAACCUAAGAAACUGCCUGUCACAGGAGCCCUCCAGCUCUGGAGACCCAAGUAACUGCCUUGCUGCCUUAAGUGUCCUUCUGGUGAUAAGAAGAGCUAUAUUUUUUAAAGUAUCAGGGUAACACACCCUGAUGUUGUGUUAAAGGAAAAAAAAAACCCAAUGAGGAACAAUUGGUGAUUUUUAUGCAGAAAUUAAAUAAUCCUUAAUAAAUAAAUCUAUAUUUUGAAGUCAUAA